AUGACCUCGCCGGCAUUAUUCCUCCGCCUCCUCCGCCACCCCUCUCUCCGUCCCGUCACCGCCUAUUCUCUCGCAACAACUCCCACUUCGCAAUUUCCUUCCCGCGCUCCGGAGCCUCCACCACAAAGCUCACCGGAACCCGAUUCAAAGGCCGUGUUCGAGAAGCUCAGGCUGAAGGCCAACGACUGGAAAGCAGCUUUCGAUUACUUCCACUCAGUCGAGAUUCAGCACACGACGGAGAAUUUCAAUUGCAUGAUCGAUAUUCUCGGUAAGUUUUUCGAAUUCGAGCUUUGUUGGAAGUUAAUCGAGAGCAUGCCGGAUUGUGGUGCGAUGCCUGAUCACGCCACUUUUCGGGCACUGUUUAAGCGCUAUGUAUCUGCACAUCUAGUCGAAGAAGCUAUCGCUGCGUACGAGAGGUCGAACGAGUUCAAUCUGAGAGACGAGACUUGUUAUAGCUAUCUCGUCGACGCAAUGUGCGAGUACAAACACGUUGUGGAGGCUGAGGAAUUCGUUUUUCAGCGGAAACCUAAUGACGAAAUCGCAGUAGGGAUGAUGAAUUCGACCAAGGUUCAUAAUCUAAUGCUGCGGGGCUGGUUUAAGAUGAAGUGGUGGGGGAAAUGUAGAGACUUCUGGGAGGAGAUGGACAAGAAAGGGGUGCAAAAGGAUUUGCGUUCUUAUUCCAUAUACAUGGAUAUAAUGUGCAAGAGCGGGAAGGCCUAUAAAGCUGUGAAGUUGUACAAAGAGAUGAAGGCGAAGGGGAUAAGGUUAGAUGUUGUGGCGUAUAACACGGUGAUUCUAGCCAUUGGCCAGUCGAUGGGUGUGGAUUUCGCAACAAGGGUUUAUCGUGAGAUGAGGGAGAUGGGUUGUAAACCGAAUGUUGUGACUUGUAACACUGUGAUAAAACUUUUGUGUGAGAACUCGAGGAUGGAGGAGGCAAAUGAGAUGCUUGAGAACAUGAGCAAGGAAGGCAUACAGCCGGAUGUGAUCACUUAUCAUUCUUUCUACCGGUGUCUUGGAGAUCCGAAGAAAAUCCUUCGGCUUUUCGAUAGCAUGAUUGAGGAUGGAGUCCAGCCAACAAUGAGUACCUUUGUGAUGCUUAUAAGGAAGUUCGGAAGGUGGGGGUUUCUGAGGCCAGCCUCUAUUGUUUGGUCGAAAAUGAUUGAACUUGGAUACAGUCCGGAUGAGUCUGCUUACAAUGCUUGGAUAGAUGUUUUGAUUGAUAAAGGUUUGUUGGAUGAAGCUAGGAAAUAUGAUGCAGAGAUGUUUGAAAAGGGGCUCUCUGCUAAGCCAAGGAAAGAGUUUGGAACAGGGCCCGUGGAAGGUUGA